AUGGCGUUUCUCAUGGCUCUGGUUCUGUCCUUAUGCCUGCUCAGAACCUGCAAGAAUUUAAAAUUCAGGAUCUACGAGGAGCAGAUGAUCGGAGAAGUGCAGGUAGUGUUUGGAGGUGCAACCACAGUGAAAGCUGGCGCUAUGGAGGAUUCCCCAGAAGCCGGAAGUGAGAUACUCCAGGUAACAAUCAAGGAAGAAGCUCCUGACUGUGAAGAUCAUCAGAAUUCAAUGGGAACAUUGGCUUUUCCACUUACUGAUGGGGGGUCUAUAAAGACUGAAGCUACAGUGAAAUCAGAGAACGAAGAGUCAGACGCUGAGGAUCAUGUGACUGCUGUAAAACAAGAACUGGAUUCUGUUCUUGUAUACCAGAGUUGCCAUAAAGCAGUGACUACCUCUGAGCGUGACUCCAGCACAAGAUAUGAGGAUUAUUCGCUAAACUCUGAAACACCGGUUAUCUUCUCCAGUAAUACUGAUCCUCUCUCCCACCUCUGUACCAAUACGAAUGUUCCCAGUAGCGAUGCGGAGGAGAAGCCUUUUUUCUGUACAGAGUGUGGAAAGCGAUACAGUACCAAAUCUAAUUUUCAGAGACAUCGGUUGAUUCACACUGGGGAGAAACCAUUCACGUGCACAGAAUGUGGGAAAAGCUAUUCUCAGCAGAGCAGCCUCCACAUUCACCAGAGAACUCACACAGGAGAGAAACCUUUCACGUGUAGUGAAUGUGGAAAAUGUUUCUGCCACAACACUCAGCUCCAACGUCACCAGCUUAUUCACACAGGGGAAAGACCUUACACAUGUACUGAGUGUGGAAAAGCAUUCGUCCAGGACACAGAGCUCCACCAACACCAGCUUAUCCACACAGGGGAGAAACCUUUCAAAUGUCCAGACUGUGGGAAAAGAUUCUCUGUCAAGGGCCAUCUGCACAGACACCAGAAACUUCACACCGAUGAGAAAACUUUCACUUACACUGAAUGCCGGGACAGCUUCUUACAAGACAAUCCUCAUACAGGGCACAAACCGUACAAGUGCAGUGAAUGUGGAAAAGGUUUUUGCCGGAAAACUCAGCUCCACCGUCACCAGAUUAUCCACACUGGGGAGAAACCCUUUAAAUGUACAGAAUGCGGCAAAAGUUUCAACGUGCAGAGCAACCUCCGCAGCCACCAGCGAAUUCACAGCGGGAGGAAAACUUUCUAUUGCUCAGAAUGUGGGAAGAGAUUCUUUCUCAAGGGCAACCUGCAGAAACACAUGAAGCUUCACACCGAGGAGAACCCGUUCACUUGUACAGAGUGCGGGGAGAGAUUCUUACAAAAGACCACCCUUCGCCAUCACCUGAACAUUCACACAGGGGAGAAACCUUUCAGCUGCACAGAAUGUGUGAGAAGCUUCUUUCAUAAGCGCAACCUCGCUCGUCACCUGAAAACACACGAGAUAAACGAUGUAUAG